CUUUAUCUAUUCCAAUCCAAUGUAAAUUCUUUGGUUCUUAUGCGUCACGCUCACGCUUAUGGCCAUGUAUAAAUAAACCGCCAACACCAAAAACUUGAAACCAUCGUCAUUCGUCAACAGAAAAAACCAAAAACAAACACUCACACAGUAAGAGAGAGAAGAAAAAAAAACGAUGGAAGCGAGAAAUAACGGAACUAGCGAGAGAGCUUCGAAUGGAGUCAUCGAUGGACCUACGAACCCUAUGGUCACGCCUCUUCUCAAUGAUCUCUAUCAAUUCACCAUGGCUUAUGCUUAUUGGAAAGCAGGCAAACAUCAAGAACGCGCUGUGUUUGAUUUGUAUUUUCGGAAGAAUCCGUUUGGUGGGGAGUAUACUGUGUUUUCUGGUUUGGAGGAAUGCAUAAGGUUUAUAGCUAAUUUUAAACUCGCCGAGGAUGAGAUUGAUUUUGUUAGGCAAAGUUUGUCUACUUCUUGUGAGGAGGAGUUCUUUGACUAUCUUAGAGGACUGGACUGCUCCGAUGUAGAGGUGUAUGCUAUUCCCGAGGGAUCAGUCGUUUUUCCUAAGAUACCCUUGCUUAGAGUUGAGGGUCCAAUUGCUGCCGUUCAAUUAUUGGAAACUCCUUUUGUGAAUCUAAUUAAUUUUGCAUCAUUAGUUUCUACUAAUGCUGCAAGGCAUCGCAAAGUUGCUGGAAAAUCCAAAACUUUACUUGAGUUUGGACUACGAAGGGCUCAGGGGCCUGAUGGUGGAGUAGGAGCGUCAAAGUACUGUUAUCUUGGUGGAUUUGAUGCUACAAGCAAUGUUGCAGCGGGGAAGUUAUUCGGAAUACCGCUUCGUGGUACACAUUCCCAUGCCUUUGUUAGCUCAUAUAUGAGCCUUGAUGAGAUUACAGACAAAUCACUUCGCAGAAAAGAUGGUUCAAGUACAUGUGAAGAUUUUGUUAGUAUAGUUCAAACAUGGCUGAGCAAAAUUCAGUUGUUAAAUGGUGUAUUUGGUGAGACCAAUCAGAGUGAGUUGGCAGCAUUCACGUCAUAUGCAUUGGCAUUUCCUGAUAACUUUCUUGCCCUUGUAGACACAUAUGAUGUGAUGAGAAGUGGAAUCCCGAAUUUCUGUGCAGUUGCAUUAGCUCUUGGUGAUUUGGGAUACAAAGCAGCUGGUAUUAGAUUGGAUUCUGGUGACCUUGCAUAUUUGUCUUGUCAGGCCAGGAAGUUCUUUUGCUCCAUUGAGGAUGAAUUUAAGGUGCCUGGAUUUGGGAAGCUUAUAAUCACUGCUAGUAAUGACCUCAAUGAAGAAACAUUAGAUGCGUUAAAUAAACAGGGUCAUGAGGUUGAUGCCUUUGGAAUUGGUACAUACCUAGUCACAUGUUAUGCUCAAGCUGCCUUAGGUGUUGUUUUCAAGCUGGUUGAGAUCAAUAAUCAGCCUCGUAUCAAACUUUCUGAAGAUGUAUCAAAGGUCUCUAUUCCAUGUAAGAAGAGAUCCUAUAGGUUGUUUGGGAAAGAAGGUUAUCCCUUGGUAGACAUAAUGACUGGAGAAAAUGAACCCUCUCCAAAGGUCGGAGAACGAAUCCUGUGCCGUCAUCCCUUCCAAGAGUCCAAGAGAGCAUAUGUCGUGCCACAGCGUGUUGAGGAGCUUCUAAGGUGUUACUGGCCUGGUAAAUCAGGUAAAACAAGGGAAACAUUACCACCUCUAAAGGAAAUAAGAGAGCGAUGCAUCAACCAACUGGAGCAAAUGCGACCUGAUCACAUGAGGAAACUUAAUCCAACUCCAUACAAGGUUAGUGUAAGUGCAAAAUUAUAUGAUUUCAUUCAUUUCUUGUGGCUCAAUGAGGCACCGGUUGGGGAGCUGCAGUAAUAACAAGACAAAAAACCCAGUGGACUUGGCAAAAUGGAUUUCGAUAGAAAUUUCUUUUAUACAGUAUAGAUGUAUUUAAUGUGCUUUGACUGUAUAUUUAUGUUGGAGGAACCAUUAUUCUUUCAAGGCCUGUGGAUUGUGUUGCAAAUAAACCAUCUUUGCCAUUGAUCAUUAUACUGUAAUAAACUUCACGUGAAACUGACUGUCAAUAUUACAGUUUUCAAGUUAUUGAUGAAAGCUUUUUCUUUUACUUCAUUUAA